CUCGUGUUGGCAGCGCGCAGUCCCAGGCCAACAUCCCUAGAAUAAAACGAUCACGCGCUCCUGAUACAUUAGGUCACAGUCCAUAUGGCCGUGACUGUUCGUUCUCUCCUUGUCCCGAACCGUCACACGUCAAUCUCAUCCGCUCUCGCCUGCCUGUAAGCAUAUGGCCAGCCACGUUCCGGCGCUCAAGGCUCCCUCGAAAUCGACCUCCAACGCGUUUUGGCAGUGGACAUAUACCCCCCAGGCCACGGCGCCUUGCUUCGUGCGGGACGUAUUCGAGAUGAAGGACAGCGGAAUCAGAGAUGCCGACUUCUACUGGCUCGGAAGGGUCCCAUGUCGUACCGUGAAAUUAUUGGGACUUCUGGUGGGCGUAAAAGUGAAGGAGCAGCAGAUCGUCUAUGACUUGGACGACGGAACGGGCGCCAUAGAAUGCCUGCACAAACCAGGGAAGGGGAAAUCGAAGUCAUCGAAACCGGAAGCUCUCAUCUUACGACCGUUCGCUCCUGUGGGCGCUUCAGUGGUUAUUCAAGGAAGAAUAACAGUGUGGAGUGAGACGCGCAGAAUUAUCAUCGACUCGAUUUCCGCCCAGCUCGAUGCCCCUCUGCGAACGACGAGCCUGCCCAUUGGAUCGCAGUACGCAAGCUACAUGAAACAUACUAUGAUUUGAAAGAACCGUUCGUCAUCCCCGAAAGGCAGCAUUCGCAACCACCCCAAACCCCUUCAACGAGCAAACUACCCAACACCCCAUCCACCAACCGCAGCUACGCCAGCAGUCCGACAAAAUCAUCCUCCCAGUCCUCACCUCACAGACUCCGACAUCCAUCACGCCUUCACACCAUCGACUUGACGGAGAAUUCCUUCCGGAUCUAUCUCAAACAUUACAUGGACAACGCCGAUGUCUUGGUUCCGCGCGUUUUGGACCCACCUUCGACGCCAACGAAAACGUCACGGAACCGGAUCCCGCUGGAGGACAAAACACCUCGUCCGAAUGACAUGACUCCGCGGCGGAUAAUUCCCCUGGAUUUCUCAUGCGCCUUGCCAGUCGCGCCGGUGGUUCAAGGGUUCACGCUAUCUUAUCUACGGCGCGUUCCAGAGCUGCGAUUGAUGGCAAAACGAGUCGUCAAAGCGGAGGCCAAGCGUCGAGCACGGGAAGCGAAGAAGAGAGCACGCGAGAAGGGGAAGGUGCCGCCCCCGGCUGGAAUGGCGCCCAAAGAUCAACAGAAACUUCAUCCGCGAAUGAAGCGACUCUUUCUGUGGGCUAUCCGACAACUGGUGAACGACGGCGACAUUGCCUCCUGGCAAGGGCCCACACGGCCAUGUCCUGACUUGGACGUGAUCGCAAGUCAGGCAGACACGAGCGGCCUUUGGAAAAUGAGCAGCAGUCAUUCGACGGUCGGGGUCAACAGCACGAUGUUCUCAAACGCGAGCGUCACGGAAGAUGACGAAGAUGAGGGCGUGCUCUCUGAUCCCAUGUCUGAUGAAGAGGGCUUCGUGGCGAUGACGACCGCGUUUGUCUCCGACGCGGCAGAAAAAGCUAUCCGCACUUUACUCGCCAGAGCAGCAACACGACGCCCCAGGGCCACCGGACGUGGUCUGGCUCCUGUGUUGGGUCCGACGACACCCGAAAUCUUCCAGUUUUUGAAGAACAAGGAGGAAACAUGGAGGACCCUGACGCAAUAUACCCUGGACGAGAGCCUAGCGUUUCUGAAGGAUGAGGGCCGUGCAUGGAACAUUGGAGGUCGCUGGGAACUGAGUGUCUAAGCUGUCGGAACUGAUAACAGUGCUGGUUUUACGAGCAAAUUACUAUACUCGACACUACACACAUCGCAUUCGAUCACAUGAUCAUGCCUGUGGAGGUUCGCUGCAGUUCAACUUGCAUAGGAAGCUCACAGCAAGCCAUAAGCUGGCUAGCCGAUCCAUCUCACGGCUGACCUUCUUGCAUUCUUGCAUUCCCAUCGAAAACGCCACGAAUGGAGCUUUUGUCUGACUUCGGGCCGUUUGACCCCAAGUUGGCGUUUACAGUCAUUGUGCUAUCACGAAAGCUCUUUGGAGCUUUAGCCUGAAGGCGCACUUCGGAUCGAUUUCCAUUGCGUUUGUCGAAAGCUCCACUUACAUACAUACACAUGCAUUGGAUUAUCACGGUUUAGCGGCGAGUGACACUGCCGGUUCCUCCAAUCUCGUUUCGGGCCGUGAGAACAGAUCUGAUUCUUGUUUGGACUCAGGUCCACCACACCUUCCCAGUCCUGUGUCACGAAUGCUAUAGACCGUCUCCGCUCGGUCUUCCUGCUGCUGUUUGGUCUUCCAGUAGCUGUAAGAGUGCGGACAGGGAUAGUUGCUCUGCACGUCCCGGAAGGACAGUCGGAGCCAUCACCACGCACAUCCCACGAGGCGCUGCACACCGCGACUACACUUCGCUUUGGCCAGUCGAGACAGCAACUCGUCACCAUUACGGCCCGUCGCUUGGGAUUGCCUCACAGCUCCUCGUAUAAAAGCUUCGAAGCUUAAUUCCGCCUCCGCUAGUACCAGUGACGUCGACCCGCACCACGAACCCACUCUCCCUCCCCCAUGAUGUCUGUCCAAGUAAUGCCCCCGUGGCACGCCCACGUCCCGCGAUCACGACCCCACUGGUAUGAACCGCCGCCAGUGACCGAAUUCAGCGCGUUGGCAGCGCCGCCGCUCCCAGUCGUGCCGCCACUCCCACAGGACGGUUGGCCUGAAACGACCUCGUUUUCUGCGCUGGCAGCGCCUGUGGUCCCACAGUACCACCACCCACCACCACAACAUCACCGACCCAGCCCAGUGCAGGCACCUGCUCAGUUACUCCUCUCCCCACCGGGGCCAGUGAUUCCCUCAAAGAACAUGUGCCCACUCGAUCGAGAAAAGAUGAUCCACAUUCUCAACCGAUUCUCUGAGAUCAUUGCCGGCCGGUUUGGCGUGCAGCGUCAAGUGAGGCUGGUCAUACACGGUGGCUCAGUCAUGCUCCUCAACCAAGAGCUGCACGAUUUGGCCGCACAAACCGCCCGCUUUGGGGUACCUGCCAAGCAGCGAACGACGACGCGAGAUAUUGACUACAUUGCGCGCUCGUUUGCGCUGGAGUGGCAGCAGCGCUACAACAUCCCCAACGCGAACGAGAUGCUGAAGAUGUGCAUUUGUGAUGUGGCGAGUGAGUUUGGGCUGGGUGCCGAUUGGAUGAAUAGUGAUCCGGAUGUGGCUUUGCCUUGGAGUACAGAUCCCAGGACUGGCGGUCCAACUGACCCGAUUUAUCAAGCUGCUCUGAACUUUGAAGACAGCUUGACCGUGUAUUUGUCUCCGAACAAGUUACUCAAGCUCGUCAGUGUAACACCCAUAUGGUCGAUCGCUCUGAAGCUGGUCCGCUUCAACGCAGCAGAUCGCGAAGAUGUCUGCAUACUCCUCCGCAGCGGCACCCUCUCCGUAGCACGACACCACUGGACUACGCAUAAAUUGGAGAUGUUUUUGUUGGGCAGCUGCUAUGCGAUGGACUACUACCACUAUGAUCCUCAUCGCGUCCAGGAGUUGCGUCGGCGUAUGGAGGAGGUGGUGCAAGAGGCGAACAAGUGGGAUCCUGAGACCCCUCCGAGCUCAUCCCUAAAUGUGCGCGUUGAUCCUCAAGUCCCGUUGUAUCGGGUGUACCAGCCAAAUCCACCUACACCUCCUUUCAUCCCACCGACGCCGGAGAUGUAUGACACGGACCGAGAGCAGAGGAGAGCGAGGAGGAAAGAGAAGAAAGCCAGGAAACUCGCGGCGAUCACCAACCAAAUCCGCACCAAACCAUCGAUCUAUGCGGAGCCAUCCAGCGCUCCCCCACCGAAACAAUCUAAACGGGAGCGAGUGAAGUCUUGGCUCUCAUUCACACGUCAAUCCCCACCGCACUCGGAAUCGGACGACGAGUACGACUCGCAGUCUGAACCGGACUCGGACACGGACGAUGACAAUGCGGAGCGACGGGCCAAGUGGCGGGACCACAAAGCUUAUGCGGGGUCCAUUCCCGCGGGAUUCGUUAUGCAUGCGGUCACGGAAGCUCAGAUGGACAUUGCGGAUUUCAUGUCUGCUGGAAUGGUAUCAUUUGGCAGAGAUUCUGUGACGGACGUGCCUGAUGGUGCUACAGCCGUGGCCCCGGCUCCAGAGCCUUGGGCCCGACAUUCUUUUAUGGCUGAGAGAGUUCGUCAGGGAACUCCGCAUCCCGGCUCAUGGACGUAAAGAAACAGACGGAAAUUAUAAUACGAAGAUGGAAGGAAAGAAACCGGUUGUUUUUCUCUCUUUUCGGUCAUAUGUGUGUAAUAUGUUGUUCCUACCUGCUUGGCAUUGGCACCUGUACUGAUAACUCACGCUAACUGUAAUUUAUGUAGCCCAUUCGUGUAUCCUGUACUUUUCCUAUACCGAUUUUUGUAGACUUGCAGUUCGUGCGCUCAGAUGUGCUCGAUCAGAUCCAGCGUUUUCAGCGUCCGACACUUCUACAGCGUCUCGGAGUCGUAGCUUUGGUAUUCACAGCAUACAAACAUAUGACUGGACCCGCAGUCACUGCUGUUCCAGGAAACAUUUUCUUCUAGAAUCAUCACAGGAAGAAUACAACAGUGUUACACCAAUACAACAAUCCUCUGCAAAAACGACAUCAGCUAACGCCCCUCCGGUCCGUCCGAGCAGCGCUUACAGAGAUUCAGUCCCACAAAGGGAUCCGGGCGGGGCAGCGAGGCCACGUCUACAGCCGUGAGCGGGAAACGCAGACUGGACAUGUCGCGCGUCAGGAUGAGCGUCCCCAACGCGACAACGACGUUGACAGCCGCGACGCCGAGCAGCGCCCGCUCGAACCAGAUUUCAGAGCUGCGGGUUUGCUGUUUCUCAUUCGCCUGCGCGGGGAACGUGGACAGGGAUGGGGAUGGUGUUGGGGAUUCCGGAUCGACGAUGAGGGUCUCUCUCUCCUCUUCGUCCUGGGUUAUAGCUUGAUACGGGGUCUUGGUGGGCCAGAAAGGCAGCGUGAGCGGCAUGGCGGCGAAGACGGAGGUGGGGGAUGGUAUCCGCUGAAUGACUAACAGUGCUACUUGUCACACAGAUCCCAGCAGCUAUAAGUAGAUGUGGGCAGUGCUAGAGUACUAGUCGGCGGGGAGGUUCCAUUUUCAGAUAAGAUGCCGGCCUGAAUUGGUACUCAUCUUGAUGAACGCAGAGUUCGAAAGAAGGAGCAGAUGAGUCGCAGGUAGAUACGGCUGUACAAUUGCUCUAGAUUCCCCGUUCACACCGCAGAGGGGCGAUUACGGUAGGACAAGGGCGAAAAAUGAGCCGACUUGGACUGAACGACCAACGAGCGAACUGAGAUGGAAAUCGAUGCUGUGUUGAUGGAGCGAUGACGGCGCCCCGAACGACGGAUCAUGCCUGCUCACUCUUCCGACUUCGUUCCCCUGCUCCACGCGUUGUUCAUCUGCAACUCUUGCUCAUCCAGGAACUGGGAUCGACUUGCCAAUCAUCCGCACCACAUGCACUGCCCAUUCGAGGUCCAUCGGAGUGCGAUGACCAAGAAAUACGAUCCCAAUGAAUCACGGCCUGUUUCAACGCGCGCGUUCUCUUCCCAGGCCAUGCUUCUCGUGAUAUGGCACGGCGAACCCCGAGACCUUUCCCUCUUAACAGGACCCGAGUAAGCUCUUGCUCCCCGUCCCUGGUCGCCAACGCCACCGCACCCACCACCCUUUGACCCGAUCUACUUACCAUGUCGGCCCAGAAGCGCUACACCACGACCGGCAUGUCCGACGAGGAGCUCGCGGUCCUCACCGUCGCCGAAAACUUCCUCCACGGCAUCGGGUCGCGCGACAAGGAGCUCAUGCUCGCGCAGAUCCUCCCCGCCGGCGGCGCGGUGCUCAUGCGCGACGGGUCGCCGCUGUACACCACAAUGCAGGGCGUCGUUGACCGCAUCCCGUUCGACUUCCCUCAGGAGGUGGCUGAGAUCAUCUCGGACCAGCCCACGAUCAAGGUCUACCGGAACAUCGCCAUGGCCUGGACUCCCUACGAGUUCUGGAUCGGUGGCCAGGUCCACCAUGUCGGGGUGAAUAUCUGGAGUUUUGCGAAGAUGGAGGGCAAGUGGCUUGUCAGCUCCGUUGCGGACACUAGCUACCCCCCAGAGUGAAGAACUUCAAAAUGAAAUGGACGAUGUAUCAAUACAAACUCUGUUUGUCAGCGUGUUGUAGGGUAUCUCAGAUACGGCACGUCGCUGAAUCUGUAACUGAGCCAUCCAUUACGAUUAUACUUGUACACUUUGAAUCAUUUAUAUCGUCAAUCGUAUCCUCCGCUGUCUGCAGACUGAACCCGCGCGUGUCAGUCAGGAUGAAUACCGUCCGCAAAGCGGUGGCACUCACCGGUCUUCAUGGAUUGGAUGGCGGUCGGCGUAAACUGCAUGGGCGUCUGCUUGCCGGGCGGGAUCGCGCCUUUGAUGGUAACAGCCUUGAGUGACGAAGCGACUGUGGACGAAAAUAGCGUCUCUGAGAGAUCGAGGAGCUGCGCAGGGAAGAUCCGAUACGUCAGCAUCUGCACUGUAGGCGGGAUGUGCUGGACGGAGCGAGGCGAGAGCAUCUGGGACCAUGUGUCGAUGUGCUUCAGCCGCGUGAACUGUGGCAGAACGGUUUCGAGAUGCACUGGGCCAUUGGACGUUCGGUCAGACCGGGAAGUAGAUACCCAGUGGAGCGUUGGACUCACGCUCGGUUUCAGACAGCGCGCAGAGUGUUUCAAGGGUCGGCGCCCAGAGCGAGAGUCCAUCCUUCAGAUCCAGAGGCAUCGCACCGUGGGGCUCGACCCAGAGCACGGCCAGACACGGCGUCAGGGUCGCGAAGUCAGGGAAACUAAACUGAGUGGCAGGAUUGAAAUCAUCCAGAAGUUUGGCCAUCUUCAGUGUUUUACAUGGGAUCCUGGACGGCGACUUCGCCUUGGCCUUGGACGAUGCAUUGCCGGACUCAGACGCUGGCAGCAGCGCGUCCUUCAGAACGAGCUUCUCUAGCUUUGGCCAGGACGAGAGCAUAUCCAGCAGCUGCGACGGCGUGAACAUGCCCGCCCCUUCGCUGAUAUUCAGCGCCUCAAGUGAGAAACGCGAACCGAUCGCGGCACGGUAGCUGUCGACGUCGUUCGGCGCGUAUCCGAGCACCGUCAGGCUCUGCAGAUUCGGGCACGCCGCAACGAUGCGGAUGUGGUCCCGCGUCUCGUGCGGGUCCUGCGCGCUCAGCUCAGUGUCCAGCACGAGCUCCGUCACGAGCGCUGCGAGGGCGCCGUUCGCUUCGAGGGUCUUGCGCAGGGGCCGCGAGAUCCACUGCCCCUUGACUGAGAUGGACGUGUACAUCCGCCGCGCGGCUAGUGUGUGCCAGUGCUUGUUGAUGCGGAGCAGCGGGACGAGCCUUUUGUGCGGGGCGAGUUUCUUGGGGGCCAGGAUGUCGAAGAUGCGGUCUGCAAUCGAGGCCUCGAGGGCGCCG